CGAUGAGAGAAAAGUCUUUUGCAUUAGUGAUAUUAAUAGCUGUGGUGGAUGAGUUCGGAAACGAGGAAGGCGGUUCCACAGUUUCCCUUUCCUCCCAAAGAAUUGUACGAACCUUUCCGAGAUAGUUCGUAUGUUCAAGAUCCUCCAAGGCCUCCUGAUAAAGAUUCGGAAUUUGUUAUAUUCGGUGUUCCAAGAAAAAUGGGAAAAGAGCUUUUAGCGUCGUUAGAGUCACAGGGUCACUCCAUUCUUUUCAAAGUAACUGAAAAAAAGACUGGAGCCAUCAAACGUCUUAUUCUUUGCUGCUUGAAGCGUUAUAUGAACAUUUUAGAUAACUUGACCACCUCGAAACCUGACUGGUCUACCAUAGAAGAGGAGUUGAGACUCAUUGAAGAACAGUUUGUCAAUAUCUAUCACUUGUUGAACAUACUGCGAUUGGAACAAGCAAAAUGGAGAUUGUACAAGCUUUUCAACUCUCAAGUAUCGAAGAAAGAAGAUUUGGCAGAAAAGUUGAGGAAGGGCCGUCACGAUGUCUUGUUGUCGCUAAAGACUGAUACACAAGACUUAUCGUCCACUUUUGACUGGAAGGAAAGUUUUAACAGUUUUUUGUCCCACGAUAUACCAAAGGAAACUUGCAAGGAAGAUCGUGUCUCUUCUGAAAGAUAUUGGGAUAUGAGAGAAACCAUAGAGUCCAUUUUGAAUGAAGAGAAGAGUGACGUGUAGUUCUUUGUUGCUUAGGAAACGUGGUAUUUUGGAAGGACUUUGUAAUUUUCAGUUGUAUUUGCAUUGGAUGAUUUGUUAUUAUUGUUGUUAUUUGUAUCAUUCAGGAAAGGAUGGAAUAGUGAAAGCAUCAUGUUGAGCAUAUCUUUUGAUAUAAGAAGAAAAUUAUUUCACACAAGAUGAGAGUUUCCAAAGAGUAAUAUAUAAAUGAUUGACAAAUUCUUUCGGCAAAGUGUCGCUCCGACAUCGCUUCCUCACGGGAGAGGACGCCAAGUUAUCUUGAGUUGUCAACUUGUAAAGUCAUAACGACGAAUGAAAACAAGGUAAGGACUAUUUAUGUUGUUGCUGAAUCGGCUAUGAUGAUUUCGCGGUCUCGUUCGACUGAGGACUUGUGAAGAAUGCAUGCGAAACAUGCACCACCAACUGAGCCAUUUGUUCCAACCGAUAUUUUGUUUGAUAUGAACUUAAGAUUCUUGUCUAAAUAGAAAGGUUACUCUGAAGAAGACGUCGAGCGUCGGUUCAUUAACAUUCUAGUUUGUAUUUGAAGCUCUUCCUUAAAUGAACGAGCAUCUUAUUAGGUAGAUAAUAGUCUUUGCUUUUGUGGUUAAAACACCUAUUUUUUGAAAUGGUUCCUAAACUUAUAAAGUCUGAUUUGAGAAA